UCUCUUGGGUAACUGUGGUUUACGAGCAGAAAUCUCAAUGGAAUACUGCGCUAUCCGAGUUUCAGCACAGACGUAGCAUUGUGUCUGCUCGAAGACGUGACCCGCACGCUCCAGUGUGUACACAUGACUGUAUGAGACUGGAGUGUAGAUGGGCGCCAUGUGAUGACGUCAUAAGUCACCCCCGCCCCCCCGCGAGCGGUGCAUCAUACAAUCUGUCCGGAGCCUAGCCUGUGGCCGCUCUCGUUAUCCGAACACGGAGUAGGGAGAGCAGGGACGGGCUAGUGGUUGCUUCGGCGGCCGGUGUGGCCCAUGCGGAUAUGCCCCUGUGCACUGCACCACCUUCAAGGCCCCGGGGUGCCAACGGCUGAGGGAGGCGGGCAUUGUACCAGUGCGUCCUCCUGCACUAAGCAGCGGCAUCUCUAGCCUUGGUGGGAGAAUGAGCAGCGCCAAGGAGGAGAGGCCGGAGGAUCAAGCGAAAGAAGAUGCCAGUGAGAAGAAGGAGGAACCUCAGCCCAGUUUAGAUCCUCGGAGCCCCGCCCCCGCGGAAGAGCAGACGCCUGAGAAUGUCACCACCAGUGCAGAUAGUGCUGCCGGUAGCCUGUUCUAUUGGCUAAAGGACCGAUGCCUGGGUCGGGGCCUGUGUGUGGAUCCAGCCCGAGACAACUACAGGGCCAUGACCGGUCUGUACAGCUCCAUCCAUCCGGCUGACUCGGUGAACCUCAGCACAAGGACUCAUGGAGCAGUCUUCAACCUGGAGUAUUCCCCGGAUGGCUCUGUACUGACGGUUGCCUGUGAGCAAACAGAAGUCCUCCUAUUUGAUCCGGUGUCUUCAAAGCACAUAAAAACCUUAUCCGAGGCACAUGAAGACUGUGUAAAUAACAUCAGAUUUCUGGACAACAGAAUGUUUGCCACCUGCUCAGAUGAUACCACAAUAGCACUAUGGGACCUUAGGAAGCUAAAUACUAAGGUGUGCACUCUACAUGGGCAUACCAGCUGGGUAAAGAACAUAGAAUUUGAUACCAACACAAGGCUUUUGGUAACGUCUGGAUUUGAUGGCAACGUCAUUAUCUGGGAUACAAAUAGGUGUACUGAGGAUGGUUGUCCGCACAAAAAAUUCUUUCACACCCGUUUCCUGAUGCGUAUGAGGCUGACCCCUGACUGUUCAAAAAUGCUGAUCUCUACUUCCUCUGGUUACCUGUUAAUUUUGCAUGAUUUAGAUCUGACAAAGUCCCUAGAGGUUGGCAGUUACCCUAUCUUGAGAGCAAGAAGAACAGCUUCCACUUCAGAUGUGACGACAUCACCAACUGCUUCUGACACCAGACCAUCCAGUUCUCCCUGUCAUCAUAGUGAUUUAGGCUCCCUGUUUGAGAAACAUGCUUCCCGGGCCUCCCAAAGAGAAGGCAGUUCUCCUCGUAACAGCCUUGAAGUUUUAACCCCAGAAGUUCCAGGAGAGAGAGACCGAGGCAAUUGUAUUACGUCACUUCAGCUUCACCCUAAAGGCUGGGCUACACUAUUACGAUGCUCUAGCAAUACUGAUGACCAAGAGUGGACCUGCGUGUAUGAGUUUCAAGAAGGAGCUCCUGUACGCCCCAUCUCUCCACGCUGUUCUUUGAGAUUAACACAUUACAUAGAAGAGGCCAAUGUAGGCCGGGGCUACAUUAAAGAACUGUGCUUUAGCCCAGAUGGACGUAUGAUUGCCUCCCCACAUGGAUAUGGAAUCAGAUUGUUGGGAUUUGAUUCCCAGUGCAGUGAGCUUAUAGACUGUAUGCCCAAAGAAGCUGGGACUUUACAAGAAAUCCGCUCCCUAUAUUCUCAUAAGGAUGUGGUCCUGACAACCAAGUUUUCCCCCACACACUGUCAGAUAGCGUCAGGGUGCCUUAGUGGACGGGUUUCCCUGUACCAGCCGAAGUUUUAAUUACAAUACCGUAUUCAUGAUCAGGUUGUGCUCAACAUGUUUCCAGUUAUUUAAAGAGAUGUCACACAUUAGUCUUUACCUGAAGCUAUGAAAUCUGCAACAUAAAAUGUUUGAAUUAAGGACAAUGAACUUGGCCCUUGAUGGCUUGUUUCCUCCGUUGGGUUCCAUGUUCAUAGAUUUGCAUUAGCACAGCCUCCACUUGAGGUGAGAUCUACUCUGCAUAGUUUCACUUUAAUCGUACCACUGUGUUUCAAAGUAGAUACUUAUCACCUGUCACAAGAAUGGGUCCCAUAUUCCCCAUUUGAAUGGAAUGGCAGUCAAGCUGCUGUUCAGCAACACUUGGCUGUCAUUUCCAUAGAGGUUAAAGGGGUACUCCGCUGCUCAGCGUUUGGAACAAACUGUUCCGAACGCUGGAGCCGGCAGCUCGUGACGUCAUAG